AUGGAGUCUCCAACGCGUCCCAUACUUAGCCCCUCAAAGGUCCUUCACCCGGUCUCGUCGGAACGCAUGAAUCAACAAACAAUUCCCGCUUCCCCCUCCUUGCCCUCAGACCUCUUGUCCGUUCACCAUAAAAACACCAGAGGAGUCUCUGAAGUACAAGCCAAAGUGGCAUUCUUGAACAGUCUUUCGCGCCAGGGUAGCCCCAGCGCCGGUCAAGCUGCCGCAAAUCAUGCCGCCCUUCAAAGAGCAAUCAUCGGCCGCGAGGAGGCUGAGUCUGCCCUGAACUCAGUACAAGAAGAGCUUUCCGAAGCACAAUCAAGAGAACGCCGAAUCAGUGAACGACUCGAAUCAUUAUUGGAAGAAUUACACGGCACAAAAGAACGCCAAGCCCACGAACGGUCGAUCUUCGAAAAAGAGAUUCGCAAAGCCCGCAAGGAGGCAUUUCGCGCGGGAUCAACACUGGUCAAACUUCAAGAAGAACUGAAGCACACCAAGUCUGAAUCGAAGGCCAUCAAAGAGGAUCUCGCAGCAGAGCGAGAUGCCAAGGACAAGGCGAAGCAAGAGGCAUUUGAACGUGCAUAUGCUCUCGCUGGUCUCACUGAAGAACUAGAAGUUCUCAAGGGCCAGCUCCGGUCUAUGGAGGCAUCCAACCACUCAAGCACAUUAGAAGUCCGAGCCCACGAGAUUCGGGGGGAAGAUUUCGGCAGAUUGUCCCUCGUAGAGGGCGACCUCGCCUUUUUGACCACCCCACGACGACCGAAACGCGUGGCACCGGACUCCGCUCGGUCUCAGAUGUCCGAAAUGGAACCCGGCGAUGCUGCCGAAGCCACCCCUCCCAAACGACUGCGACUUUCCGAGUGCACAACUCCCAUUGAGGUUGAGCAGACAACCACUACCACCACAUCUCUAUCACAUCUGGAUACCGAAGCGUUGGAAAAUCUGAAGGAAGAGCUUGACCGUGAGCGUCGCCGGAGAGCCGAGGCCGAGGAAAUGGUCCACUUCAUGAAUAUCGAAUGCCAGUUUGAGCGAUGCUCUUGCCGGAUUGCUGAGAGUCAGGGCCGCCGCUACAUUUACGACGAAGAAUACUUCGAAAAGUUCCAGAAGCCACAGCUGGAGGCCGAGGCCAAAGCGGCCCAAGAAGCCCGUAACGAACAGCAACGUCUAGCGGAAGAGCAGGCACGCGCUGAAGAGCGGGUGCGGGCUGAGCAACAAGCUCAUGCGGAGGAGCAAGCUCACCUUGAGCAGCAAGCCCGUGCUGAGGAGCGGGCUCGCUUCGAGCAAAAGGUCCGCGCCGAGGAGCAGGCCCGCGCCGCACAUCAGGCUCGUGUGGAAGAACAGGCCCGUGAAGAACAACGAGCCCGUGAGCAACAAACUCGUGCUGACCAGCGUGCUCUUGAAGAGCAGGCCCGUGCUGAGCAACAAGCACACAUUGAACAGCAGCUUCUCGAGGACCAAGCUCGCGCUGAACGAGCUCGUGAGCGCGAGCAGCAAGCCCUUGAAGAACAGGCUCGUGCUGAGCAGCAAGCUCAUUUGGAAGAGCAAGCCGGCCUUGAACACCAACAGCAACUCUGCAUUCACGCAAGCCACACACCCUCUGUCGACCCUCCCAGCCCCGUCUAUCGGCAACCCGAGGCUUCCGUCAAGCUAGAGCCCACCGAGCCCCCAGAGAAGAUGCGAAUGCCCAAGGAACCUGUCGUGACCUUCUCACCGGAGACCGGAACCUUCAAGACAUUCCCAUCACCCAUUCGCGACAAUGUUCAACCCCGACGAACUGAUUCUUUCACACUUUCUGAGCUGAAAAGCUCGCAAGUCGACGCCUUGAAUGGGAUGCGUACCUCAACUGCCUCUUCUAAUCGCCAUGUGGACUCCACCACGCCGACCGCUCCUCCAGUGUCAUCCAGGGCCGCCCGUGGCUCAACAGCAGAGCCUGUUGCUCGCGAAAAUAACGAGAGCAGAACCGGUAGACGCACUGAACGCAGUGCCUACGGGCCUACUCUCGCAAGCACAAAACGGGUCCCUCUCCGUGAAGCCACUGGGUCUCAGAACUCUGCCUUCGUUUCUGACACGCCUAUCAACCGAGAGGAAGCUCUCGCCAAAAUCCGAGAGCGCCGCGGUCGGGCACGCAGCAAGGUCCGCUCAGUGAGCGCUGCCGAGCCUUCUGGACGUUCAGUAGGAUCCACUAGCAACACCGGCGCAGCCGCAACUCGUGGUCCCCGUCGCAUUCCGAACCUUCGGCCGGAUAGCAAGAGCGAAGGCGAGCUAGGUGAGCGGAGAGAUUUGAGCGCCCCGGUGCGCAUGUUCCGACGAUGA